UCCCUCUCCCACCGCAGACACACAUUCUGGCAGUAUCGGAAGGAGAACCCCCACACCAAAGUAGGCGAACCUCCUCCUGAUGGUCUCCCAGGAUUCAACAGUGGUGUGAUGUUACUGGACCUGGGGGCCAUGAGGACCUCCGCUCUCUAUAAUCAGCUGUUGCAAGCGAACAAUGUUGCGAAGCUGGCGGACCAGUACCGCUUCAGGGGUCACCUCGGCGACCAGGACUUCUUCACCAUGAUCGGCAUGGAGCACCCUGAGCUGUUCUACCCCCUGGGCUGUGGCUGGAACCGGCAGCUGUGCACCUGGUGGAGGGACCACGGCUAUGGGGACGUGUUUCAGUUGUAUUAUCACUGUGACGAGCCCGUCUACAUCAACCACGGAAACUGUAACUCACCGAUACCAGACGACUGAAACAUAAACCAAACCUGUUCUGAAGCUGAAACAUGCUCAGCGGACCUCUGAAGUAAAGUCAAUAAUAUUUGUUGUCCGAGAGGAAAUGUUGGGACAUUUUCAGGGAGUUGCCCAUUUUCAUGUCUGUGCUGUCACCGACUCUGCCCCCUGCCGGUCAAGGGGUGAGUGACAGGCCCUCAAACGCACACUUUUUUAUGGCGUCCCCUGUCUGUCUGUGUAAGUGACUAAUACUUUCUUACAUUUGCAUAUAUAUUAAAGGUACAAAUGUAAGA